AUGGCGCAUCAUCGACUGUUCUGCGAGCCUCGCGCAGGAUUUGUCGCACACUCGCUGGCCUCGCGGCGUCUGGCCGAGGAGCCUCUCCUAGCUGACUCACUCUGGUUGUUAGGAGACAUGCUACAGACUGCGCAACCGUAUACAGUCAAGGCAAUAGAGAAGUAUAAUGACCAGGAGCCGGGUCACGCAGCAUCCUCGCUUGCCUGCGGAACUGACAAGAGCAUGUACGAGGUGAUGGAAGGAGAUCCUGCACUGGCAGCCCGGUUUGCCCGGGCCAUGACUGCGUUUGCCAAGGUCACGAAUCGACCAACCACGGCUCCACGAAUGAACAUAGCUCGGACGUAUGCCUGGAAAAAUUUGAAAGGCAAGGUUGUUGACAUCGGUGGCUCGAGAGGAACAGAUGCCUUUAUACUCGCUAAAUCGUUUCCCCAUUUGCAAUUUGUAGUCCAGGAUUUGCCUCAAAUGAUUGCAGGUGCGGAAGCCUCUGUCCCUCCAGAACUGGCUGGUCGAGUCGAGUUUAUGCCCUACGACUUCUUCACCCCUCAGACCUUUGAGGCAGACGCGUAUAUCAUGAAACAGUGCUUUCAUAACUGGCCAGACCACUACUGCGUUCGCAUCGUGAAAAAUCAGAUCCCUGCUCUCAAACCAGGCGUUCGGCUGAUCGUCAUUGACAGUCUCGUUCCGGAACCAGGGACCAUGAGUAUUCUGGCGGAGAGAAUGGUUCGGUCCUUCGAUAUGAUGAUGUUGACCAAUACAAAUGGCCGUGAGCGUGAGAUGGCUGACUGGAUCAAAAUAUUCGAGCAGGCUGAUUCACGAUUCAAAAAUUAUCCGCAUGCAGCCCAUUGGUAGGCCGGACGAUUUCGGACCUGCGACUGGUAUCAUUGAGGUUCUAUGGGAAGGCGAGUAGUAGGAUUUUUCAACAAGUAAAUUGAUUGGUACUUAGUAAAC